AUGAUUACCACGGUUGACAAACGUCUGGCUAGUUAUGCAAAUCCAGAUCCGCACGAUCUGAAAUUCUUGACCCCAAAAGAAAGUUUUGAAUUGUUGAUAAAGAGAGCUUUUGGCACGAGAAGUUGUCCUAAUGAUUUAGUAGGACUUGGAGAAAGCAUUGCACGAAAAUGUGAGGGUGUACCACUUGCAGUAGUGGUAAUUGCAGGAGCAUUAAGAGGUCGUCCGAACAAAAAUGAUUGGAUAAAAGUGGAGAAUAAUGUGAUGCAACAUCUUUUAAGGGAUAAUCACGAAAGCUGCUUGAAAUUUGUGGAGAUGAGUUAUGAUCGUUUGCCCCACGAAGUACAGACGUGCUUCUUGUAUUGUGGUGUCUUUCCUCGAGGCUUUGAUAUCCCUUCAUGGAAAUUAAUUCGCUUGUGGAUAGCGGAAGGGUUAAUAAAGCCCCAACAGAACUACACUCUCGAGGAGAUAGCAGAGUUUUAUUUGAACGAUCUUGUCAACAGAAACUUAGUGAUAUCGAUGCAAAAGAAGUCUGAUGGUCAGAUAAAGACUUGUCGUCUUCAUGACAUGUUGCAUGAGUUCUGCAGAAAGGAGGCUAGUAACAAAUGGCUUUUUCAAGAAGUCAGUCUAACACCUGAUCAAGCUAUUCCUAUUGAAGACCCAAAUAAAUCCCGUCGAUUGUGCAUUCAACCCUCUAAUCUGAAAGACUUUAUCUCCAAAAAACCUUCUGCAGAACAUGUUAGAUCUUUCUAUUGUUUUUCCUCAAAAGAAAAACAAAUCAGUGGGUUGACUCCUAAUGACAUUAAACUCAUUCACAAAGCGUUUCCGCUUGUCAGGGUCUUGGACGUUGAAUCCAUCAAAUUUCUUUUCUCCAAGGAUUUUAACCAGUUAUUUCAUUUGAGAUAUAUUGCUAUCUCAGGUGACUUCAAUGUCAUUCCUUUGACCUUUAGUAAAUUUUGGAAUUUACAAACUCUUAUACUUAAUACAAGUACAUCAGAGCCCACCCUUGACAUAAAAGCAGACAUAUGGAACAUGUUACAGUUGAGGCAUCUCCACACCAACAUACCUGCAAAAUUACCAUCCCCUGCUGCCACGACGUCAGGUAAACCUUCUUGUCUACAAAUUCUUUGUAUGGUUGCACCAGAAAGUUGCAAGAAAGAUGUGCUCGCCAAGGCGUGUAAUCUCAGAAAAUUGAGCAUUCAAGGGAAAAUGGCGGCUUUUCUUGAAACUAAGGGUGGAAUCAACAAUCUUGAAGAGCUAAAGUGCCUGGAACAUCUGAAACUGUUGAACGAUGCUGCUUACAUGAAAACAUCGCUUCACCUCCCUCCAGCAUUCUUCAGAUUUUUACGCACAUUGAGGAAGUUAACUUUAGCAAAUACAAGGUUUUCUUGGAGUGAAGCGAAUAAAUUGGGGCAGUUGGAAUCCCUUGAGGUCCUAAAAUUGAAAGAAGAUGCAUUUAUAGGCGAUUCUUGGCAGCCGGAAAUCAGAGGUUUUAGCCAACUCCAGGUUCUAUGGAUUGAAAAGGCAACAAAAUUAGAAACUUGGGAGGCUUCAAAUCUUAACUUUCCUGUACUUAGGCACCUUGUUCUUAUCUCCUGUGAUAAGCUCAAGGCUGUGCCACUUGGGUUGGCUGAUAUACCUAACCUUCAAGAAAUGAGGCUGGAGAAUACAAGCAAAGCUGUGAAAUCUGCAAAAGAUGUACAGGAGAGCAAGAUAUCUAAAGGCAUGAAAUGCACCCUCACCAUAUUCCCUUCUGAAGUUGAAUCCAAGGCCACACAGCGACAGAUGUUGAAGCAGAGAAACAAGGUGACAUUGCUGGGACAAACAGAAUACUCUUUCAUAUGCAGUUACUUUUCAUAUUAUUUUUCCCAUUCAUCUGAUGAACUUGUUCCAAUAAAGAAGACACAUAUUCUUUGA